CGGACAGGCUCGACGUUCCGUAAUGUUUCUCGCGGGUUACGUCGCGUUUCGCUUCGGGUGGUUAAUUUAGCUGGGAAGGGGCUUGACGAACAUGAACAUACGAGGCUGAAUGAUCUCCCGGACGACGACGACGACAUGACAGCGGGCGGGGCGGGCGGGUUGAACAGAAUGGGAACGGAGAAGGGUGGACAAGGACAGUUCUUGCCUGAGUAUAGGAAGGAUAUGCCGCUCCGAGGGCGAACGAUGGGGUUUUUGGGACCGGAGAGUUCGGUGAGAUUGGCGAUGUAUAGGUUUUUGGUGUAUCCAUGGACCGAACCGACCAUCCUGCUCCUAAUCAUCGUCAACGCCGUCGUCCUCACCAUCCAAGGCUCACGCACCGUCGUGCGUGCUGACGAGGACGAUGAUCCGCCCGGUGUGAGGGGCUAUUUUCAUAGAUGGGAGGAUUGGGCGUUGUUUUUUCUUUUUGUUGUGUUUACACUGGAAGCAUUCGCAAGGAUAGCGGUGACGGGGUUCAUACUCGACCCCGAAGUCCCACUGUCUACACUGCUCAUGAGUCCCUUCACUGCUUCCCCACCCAUAUCUUCCGCACAACACCAUACUACCACCACAACAUCAACAACAAUGGACCCCAACGACCCCACACAUCCCCUUGCCCGGUCCACCUCUCUCACCCACACUCACGGUCUCGACCGCAAACGCACAAUAACCUCCCGUCUCCAGCGGUUCUACGACAACGUCGCGGCACCAUUCGCGUUACGGACGGGGUCGUCGAGUUAUCCGGACGGUCAGCCCUCGAUGGCGGUGUCGAUGAGUGGUGGAAUACCGGCUUCGAAUUCGACGAGUACAACUACGAGUACGCCGACGUCGAGGAGGAACAGGAACCGAUCGGAUACCGCGGCGUCCACCACCCCAAUCAUGGAAAAAUCCCAAUCCCAAUCCCAAUCCCUCGCCUCCUUACCCUCCCUACCCUCCCACCUCCGCACCGCCUCCCACCCACACCCGCACCACCACAACCUCCUCCGCUCAGACCACCCCGCCUCCUCCACCCCGCACAACCCAAACGCUCUCUCCCUCCCCUUCCGGUUCUCCGUCAAAGGAUCCGUCGGGAUCACGAGGCGGAAUGUUCCGUAUUUGAGACAUUCGUGGAGUCGGAUUGAUGCGGUGGCGAUACUGUGUUUUUGGGUUAGUUUUGCGUUGGCGGAGGGGGGGGUGGAGAGGGGGGGAGGGGGAGGACAUGUGGGGAUUUUUAGGGCGUUGAGUGUGUUGAGGACUGCGAGGCUUUUGACUGUUACUUCGGGGACUACGACGAUCAUGCGUUCGUUGAAGAUCGCGAGGCCGCUGUUGACGAGCGUGGCGUAUUUCGUGUUGUUCGCUAUGGCGCUAUUUUCAAUAAUCGGCGUCCAAUCCUUCUCCGGCUCCUUCCGUCGUUCCUGCUUCCUGGAAGCAACCCUCGGCGUCCCCGAGACCGACCUCAGCCAAUCCUGCGGUGGCUACAUCGACCCGGCUUCGCUGAACGUCACGGGAUACGUGCAGUUGGACGGAGGGAUACAUGAGACGAGUAAGGGGUAUAUAUGUCCGUUGGGGCAGACUUGUCGGGAAGUCAGCACGAAUCCGUAUUCGGACGUGGAGAGCUUCGAUACGAUAUAUAAUUCGGCGUUGCAGGUCUUCAUCGUCUCGUCUGCGAAUGGGUGGUCCCCGCUGAUGUACAGCAUGAUCGACGCCGAGUUCUUCAUGUCCUGCUUCUUCUUCAUCGUCUGCAUCGUCGUCCUCAAUUUUUGGUUGAUCAAUCUGUUCGUCGCUGUGAUCACGAAUACGUUCUCUGCUAUUCGGGAGGAGACGCAUAAGUCUGCGUUUGGUGCUGCUCCCCUCCAAAUCACGGACGAACAAGGCGACGCCUGGGUCGCCUCCGAAUCGCGACACAAACCGAACCGAAUCCGCGACCUCUACGAACACAUCCGCUGGUGCUGGGUCGCCCUCGCCCUCUUCUCCCUCGUCCUCCAAGCGACAAAAGAAGUCGACAUCAACUCGACCCACCAGGACAUCCUCACCACGGGCGAGCUCGGGCUCACCAUCGCCUUCGACGUCGAGAUCCUUAUCCGCGUGGCCGCGCAUUUCCCGGACUGGCGCGCGUUUUUUGCCAAGGGGCAGAAUUGGCUCGAUCUCGUGCUCGCGGUGGGGAGCAGUGUGAUUCAGAUUCCGGUGGUGAGGGAUUCGGAGGUGUAUCCGUGGUUGACGAUCUUUCAGUUGAUGAGGUUUUAUCGGGUGAUAUUGGAGAUACCGAGGAUGAAGCCUUUGCUGCUCUCCGUGUUCGGAAACAUGUACGGUCUCGCAAACAUGACGCUCUUCCUCCUCCUCGUGAACUUCAUCGCCGCCCUCGCCGCGCUGCAGCUCCUCCAGGGCGACCUCACCGCGGACGAUAACAUGAACUUCGGACAGAUCUACACCUCCUUCCUCGCCAUGUAUCAGAUCUUCUCGUCGGAGAACUGGACGACGGUGUUGUAUGAUUCGGCGGACGCGGAGUCGGGGCUGGGACAGACGGCGAUCGUGUGUUUGUUCUUCUCUGCUUGGUUUUUCUUCGCGAAUUUCAUCAUGCUGCAGAUGUUCAUCGCCGUCAUCAACGAGAACUUCAACGUCGCCGAAGAAUCGAAACGAGGUCGCCAGGCGGACGAUUACUGGGCGGCGCACCAGCCGCAGAAAGUUAAGGCGACCUGGGUCCGCAAGCUCAAUCCCUAUCGGUGGUUCAGUCCCUCGCCCAAAGCGAUCGUCGUGGAGAAUCUGCCGUCGAACUUGGUGUUGCCGAUGCAGAAGGCGUUGGUGCAAGAUUAUGGGCUGCCGGGGAUGGAGAGGAGGACUAGCAGACGCAAGGUGGACGGCAAGAAGAGUGGUUCGGGGCACGUCGCGAGCAAGUCUUUGAGCGUGCUGCAGCAGCUGUUCAUUGGAGAUACGAAAUCGAACGAUAUGCCGCUCGCUAAUCUGAAGACUACGAAGCGGGAGUCGGUCAAUACCCAGAAUCCGAACGACGACGAGAUUGAACGGCAGUUGGAGCUGCUCGCCUCGUUCGGUAACGAUGUCGCUGCUGCAGAGGAGAUGAACGACGCGCUUCAUGAGCGCAGGGCCCAAAAGGCGGAUUUCAUCCGGGACCAUCCAUCUUACGACAAGACGUUCUGGGUGUUCUCGCAGAAGAACGCUUUCCGUCGCUGGUGCCAGUCCAUCGUCCGACCCGCAGACGGCGAACGAAUAUUUGGACGACCGACAUCCGCCACGGCACACACCAUCUUCCAGUUCAUCCUCCUCCUGACCGUCAUCGGUGGCAUCGUCGUCGAGAGCAUCGCGACUCCGAUCUUUCGCCGCAAUUUCUACAACUUAUACGGGCACAAAGCCGGUUCAUGGUUCGAUCUCUCAGAGGCCGUGUUUGGGCUCAUGCUCGUCGUCGAGUUCGUCAUCAAGGUCAUCGCCGACGGCUUCCUCUUCACCCCGAACGCGUACGUCCGCAGUAUCUGGAACGUGCUCGAUUUCGUGAUCAUGGCAGGCAUAGUGGUCAACGUCACGACGGGCCUCAUCUUCAUCGGCGGACUGAGUCGGUUCACGCGGGCGUUGAAGGCGCUCCGUGCUUUGAGGCUCAUCACGCUCGUGGAGAAGAUGCGGACGACAUUCGAGUCGCUCAUUCUUUCGGGCGCGUCUCGUAUCUUCGAUGCAGCCAUGUUGGCCAUACUCUAUAUGAUCCCUUACGCCGUCUGGGGACUCAAUAUCUUCGCUGGCCUCAUGAACGAAUGCAACGACUCAAACAGCACCGGCAUCUCGGAUUGUAUCUACGAGUACGAGAACAACGUCGUUGGCGGAGACGACAACCCGGCCUUUACGUUCCUCGUCCCCCGCGUCUGGGACAAUCCCUCGCCGUCGACGACGUAUUCGUUCGACUCGUUCCGGUCCUCGUUGCUGAUUCUGUUCGAGAUCGUGUCGUUGGAAGGAUGGAUCGACGUCAUGAAUAUCGCGACGAGUAUUACUGGGUCAGGAUUGCAGCCGCAGACGAACAACGCGCAGUUUUAUUCGAUCUUUUUCUUGAUCUAUAACUUGCUCGGUGCGGUCGUUAUUCUCACGCUUUUCGUCAGUAUCAUCAUCGGGAACUUUAGUUCGAAGACGGGUUCCGCGUUCCUCACACAGCCUCAGCGCGAGUGGAUUGACUUGCAGAAGCUGAUCAAUCGGCAGAGACCGUCGAAGCGACCGAAGAUGAGGCCGGACGGGUUCCUCAGGGCUUGGUGUUUUGAUCGAGCCGUUCAUAAGCACGGAUGGUGGUCUCGAGGGAUGACGACUAUUUUUAUAGCUCAUUUCAUUGCACUCAUGACGACGACUUUUAGCGUGAAUACUCUUGGAUCCCGAAUUCGGACCUACAUCUUCCUCUUCAUCACGGGAACGUACACGUUGGACGUGUUGGUCCGCCUCUCCGGUUUGGGCUGGAAAAGCUAUCGUGCGAAUGGCUGGAACAUAUUCGACAUGCUCGUCGCUCCCGGCAGUCUCUUCACUACUCUGUUGAGUCUCUUUGGCAAUGAAGGCUAUGCGCUCGAUCAACUCCAGAAGUUGUUCAUCGUCUGCGUGGCGUUCAAGCUUGUGCAGCGCAUGAAUAACCUCAAUAAGCUCUUCAAGACUGCAGUCGCGAGUCUACCUGUCAUUCUGAGUCUGUUGUCCCUGUGGAUCAUCCUCUUCAUAUUCUUCGCGAUUUUGAUGGUUGAGAUCUUCAGUCUCACGAAGUGGGGCUCGGGCGAGACCUGGAACCAGAAUUACUCGAGCAUGGGCACGGCCCUCGUCAUGCUGGCCUUCAUGACUUCCGGAGAGGGCUGGAACCAGUACAUGCACGAUUAUGCUGUCGAAUAUCCUCGUUGCACGAAUUCGCCGGACGGUGACUCGGACUGCGGCAGUGUGGGUUGGGCUUUCACGCUGUUCAUCGCUUGGAACUUGCUGAGCAUGUACAUUUUCGUGAACAUGUUUACUGGUGUGGUCGUCGAGAAUUUCUCGUACGUGUUCCAGAUAACCGGUGGUUCCAAAGCCGUCACGCGAGAGGAGAUGCGGGCAUUCAAGAAGGUUUGGGCCGAGUUCGCGAACAAGCGAACAGGAUACCUAGAACGCAGUAAUUUCGUACCAUUCUUCGGCAAAUUGAGCGGUAUUUUCGAGGUGCGGAUAUACCCUAGAGAACACAGUAUUCCUCAAAUCAUGCGGGCAAGCGCCGACACCGGUGACACUUCCUAUGGUUACGGCGAGUCCAAAAUCGUCGGCGAGGUGGACUUGGUCAAGCUAGACAACGCGUUGAGCAAGGUCGACUACGGCGCGGUUCGAAGGCGUCGACAUGUUUACAGUCGCCUGUAUCACGAGGCCAGCAUGUGUCGGAAUAGCAAGGGCAUGUCCUUCCACGAUAUGCUCGUGCUUCUCGCCCACCACAAGUUGAUCGUCGACAAGGAUGCCUUGAUACUGAAGGACCUGGUCGUCCGGACGGAGACGAACAAACUGGUCACGGAUCUCGUGAACCUCGACCGCGUGCGCUCUCUGCUGAUGACGUUGACCUACCGUCGACGAUACCUGGCCCGUCGCGAGCAAGCUCGCCAGGCCAAAAUGGAGCAGGAUAUCCCCGCGAUCGUGGUUGACGACCCUCCAUUAACCCCAUCACAUCGGAGCUCACGAGACAUCUCUUCCGCACUUCAUGUCUUCAGCGAUUCCGACUCUCCCAGUCCCUCACCGUGUAUGCGCUCGAGCGAUGUCUUUGACUCUUCUUUCGCUGCGUCAAAUACCCCCGGCUCCCCUGCUCUGCAUAGAAGUCGACGGACGAGCGACCUCAGCAUGUUGUCCACCGACCUUAGUGGAUACCGAUAUACCCGAGACUUAUCACCGUCUCGAGACCCGUCGUUGCUUAUCGACGACGAAAACACGCAGGAUGUCUUUGCUGCUAUGCAGAAUUCAUCCUGGGGUGAUAUGAUGUUGGAAGCGGAGGAGGAGGAGGAGGAGCACCACCGAUAGUUUUUUCUUUAUUUCUGUUUCAUUCGACUUCCGUUAGGUUUUCCAGGUGUUUAUUUCGUUCAUUCUUUCGUCUUCGUUCGCCUCCGCCUUUUCGCCUACUACUGCUCAUUCGGACACUAUCGGGACGCUCAGUCGAUCGUAAUUAUCUCCUUUACUCCUCUAUGUUGCUUAGAACGCACUCUCUGUACUACGCUCAUUAAUUGUUGUCAUACGAUGCCGCUCCCUGGAGAACACUACUACACUCUGGAUUAUACGCACCACGAUAUCUUUUUGACUGCGUGGUAUCUAACGCUGGGGCCACUCUUUCCCCGAUAGUUAGAGUCAGUCUCGGUACGCCUUGACAGGAAUUGGGCUCCUUGAUAGACCUCGUCGUCGAAACUCGAACGGACGACGACGGCAGUUCUUGAAUCAUAAGUCUAGCGCAGAUGUCGAUUUAGAAUGG